AUGUUGGCCGCCUCUCGUAAAGCCAUUAUCAGCACUGCCUCAAAGGCUACUUACGCUACAGCUGCUACUGCUAGUCAAAUCACCACAGCCGCUAACGGUGUCAAGGUAGCUUCAUCUCAAGAGCCCGGUCAAACCGCUUCUUUGGCUGUUGUUGUUAACGGUGGUGCCAGAGCUGAAUCUGGUAGCAAUGCUGGUGUUGCUCACUUUUUGAAGAACUACGGCUUCAAGAACAACGCUGAUCGCACUGCUUUCCGUAUUGCUCGUGAAGCUGAGAUUGCUGGGGGUGUUUUGUCUUCUAACCUCUCUCACGAAUCUCUUGUCUUUUCCGCUGAACUCUUGAAGGAUGAUGUUGAAUUGUUUGCUGAAAUUUUGAGCGAUGUUGUUACCAAACAAAAGUUCCAGGAACACGAAUUCAUCGAUGUUGCACACCAAACCGCUGCUGAAUCCAUCAAUGCUCUCGGUAAUGCUGAGAUCUCUGCUAUUGAAGCUGCUCACCACGUUGCUUUCCGCACUGGUCUUGGUAACUCCAUCUUUGCCAAGCGCACUGCCCGUGUCAACAACGCCACCGUCAAGUCCUUUGCUCAAAGCCUCUUCACCUCUGGUAACGUUGCCCUCGUUGGUACUGGUGUCGAUCACGAAAUCCUCCAAAACUUGGCCGAAACUUACUUGAACCUUCCUUCCGGUAAGCUCUCCUUGGAAGCUACUAAAUACUUUGGUGGUGAGACUCGUAUCGAGUCUGUCUCCAACAAGGGUAACUACGUUCUCGCUUUCGAGGGUGCUGCUCUCAACUCUUCCGAGUAUGCUGCUCUCCAAGUUCUCCGUCAAGCUCUUGGUGGUGAAGUCAACAUCAAACACACUGCCGGUUCUGGUAUCCUUGCUCAAGCUGCUGCCAAGUUUGCUGAAGGCACUGAAAUCAAGGCUUUCAACUUGGGUUACUCUGAUGCUGGUCUCUUUGGUGUCCAAGUUUCUGCUUCUACCGCUGAAACUGGUGCUGCCAUUGCUGCUGCUGUUGAACAAUUAAAGGCUGUUUCCAAGGGUCUCUCUUCUGAUGACUUUAGCAGAGCUGUUGCUCAAGCCAAGUAUGCUGCUACCGCUGGUUUCGAGACUCGCCUCGAUACUCUUGAAACUCUCGGUGCUCAAGCUCUUAACUCUGGAAAGUAUACCUCUGCUGCUGAUGCCGUUUCAGCAUUCGAAAAGGUUACUACCUCUGAUGUUGCUCAAAUUGCCGAAAAGCUGUUCAAGAGCAAGCCUACCUCUGUUGCUCUUGGUGAUCUUACCGCCUUGCCUUAUGCUGAUUCCGUCUCUUUGUAA